UGUGAAGCUUACAGCAGAAUGGGAAAGGAUUCCACGCUUUUCCAAUACUUUGCAGCUUGUUAUAAAAGACGCAUUAAAAAAUUGUCUGGACAUGUGCCAAACAAUAAAAAAAUGCCAUAACAUAGUCACAUUUUUUCAUCGGUCGGCAACUGCGGAGGAAUGUUUAAAACGGCCACAAGAAAAGGAGUUCCCGAAUUCUACUCCGCUUCAAUUAAUAGGCGACGUGGAAACACGUUGGAACUCGCAGUACAUGUUGCAUCCUCUGCUGCAAAUAAAACAUGCGUUGAGUUCAGUAUUAUGUGAGCCACGGAUGCCGGAUAAUUUGUCUAGCUACGAAUGGUGCCUAAUUAAACAUUAUUGUGAUACGCUAAAAAUACUCAAGGAAGCAACACUUAUUAUGUCGGAAGAAUCUUCCCCAACCCUAUGUAGAUAUGUACCCAUUGUAUACGGCAUACAAAAAACACUAACAGAUAUAAUACAUCAGACCUUUGAAAUAGAUAAUAGUCUCCCCCACCACUUAUUAAAUGGGCUUAUCAAUAGAUUUCAGUUUGUACAUUCUAAUGAUUUAUUAACACUCUCUAUGAUAUCGGACCCUCGUGUGAAGGAUAAAUUAUUGGACGAAAAUACAAGAAUAAACGCACGGAAAUUAUUGGAGGACACAGUCCUGAAAUACUCCGAUACCACUAGCACAGCAUCUCAAAGAUCAUCUAUACCUUCGAUGGAAAUACCAUAUAAAACUGACGCACCUUUCCUCUUCGAAUUUUUAAAUACUAUUUCCUGCGAAGAAACUGCAGAAACAUCAGAUGUUUCUGCGAUUACAGAGUGCCAUAAAUAUUUUCAAACGAAACUUGAACCAUCAAAAACGUGUAUUUUGAGUUGGUGGAAAGGCAACAAAAACAUUUUUCCACAAUUGUCAGCGAUAGCUCGGAACAUUUUAGGAGUUCCAGGUACCCAAGUAUAUAGUGAAAGACUAUUUUCUACUGCUGGCAAUGUGGUAACUGUAAUGCGAACAUCGUUAUUAUGUGAACGAGUAGAGAAAAUUUGUUUUCUAUGCGCGAAUAUGAAAAUAUAAAUGUUGGCGAUCUGCCUGAGUUCGUGGUAUUUUGUAUAUAAUGUAUAAUAUAUAAUGAAUAAUGGUUUUGUAUCUAAUGUAUAUAAUAUUUAAUAUAUAAUAUUUGGUUGAACUACUUUAUUUUUAUAAAUGUUCGCAAUAAUGACCAUUGUUUGUAAUACAUUAUUGUAUAUGGAAAAUAAAUGAU